CAAAGAUUUUAUGUGUGACGGUUUGAAGUUGACUACAAAAAGAGUGUGUGAGAGGGGUCUGCAAAGCAGACUCUUUAUCCUUUCCCACUGUGCAACCAUGAUACACGCAGCUAGCGUCUUUUACAUCUUUUUGCUGGUUGGUCUCACUGAGGCUUCUGAGAGCGGCAUUUUUGGUGGCAAGAUUUCAAAACCCCACUCCAGGCCCUACAUGGCAUCACUCCAGUAUAGAGGAGCCCAUACAUGUGGUGGGAUACUUAUUCGAGAAGACUUUGUUCUAACUGCAGCACACUGCAAACUUGAUCAACUUCGAGUGAUUCUUGGAGCUCAUGAUCUCAGUAAGGAGGAGAAAAGCCAGCAAAGGAUCAAAGUUGCAGAGUACCACAUGCAUCAAAACUAUAAUGGAAAUGUUACCUAUGACAUUAUGUUGCUUAAGCUGGCAAACAAAGCCAAACUGAAUAAAAAUGUCCAGCUCCUUGAGUUACCAAAGAAAGAGAAGAAAAUCCCUGCCAACCUUGAAUGUCUUGUUGCUGGCUGGGGCAGCACUGGACAAAAUGAAUCUAUUUCAACUGUUCUGAAAGAAGCAACAGAAAUGACACAAUUCAAGAUUGAGUGUGAUACAAUCUGGAAAGAAAAUUUCACUUCCCAGCAAAUGAUUUGCACCAAGUUUAACAAGAAAAAGGGAGGUAUAUGCAAGGGCGAUUCUGGAGGACCUCUGAUAUGCAAAAACAAGCUUCAAGGCAUAACUGCUUUCACUGCUGCUGACCAAUGUGACAAUCCAAAGUACCCUCAUGUCUUCACUAAAGUUAGUUUCUUUCUGUCCUGGAUCAACAAGAUAAUGCGCAAAUAAAGCCUUUGUUGCACACUUUA